AAAUAUUUUAAUGGUGGAUGAAUCAAACAUAAAACUAACAGACUUUGGUUUAUCGACAAUCCUAAACGAGGAAAAAGGUGUUGAAGCAGAAAGGGGCACAACUCGAUACAUGGCACCUGAGAUGAUUAACUGCCCUGAUGGGAGAAUAUUUAAACAUGCAGGAAGUUUAGACAUAUGGAGUGUGGGGAGUACAGUUGUAGAGAUGAUAACUGGAUCACCACCAAACUCAACAACCACAUCAGCCAAAGUACUUUUUAAAAUCGCUAUGCUGCAGAGACCAAAGUAUGAGCUGUCAAUCACAGCGUCAAAAAACCUGAGAGAUUUUUUAGAAAAGACAUUUACACCUGAAGCAGAACAAAGACCAUCAGCAGAAGAUUUAUUGAGAGAAGACCCGUUUAUAACAGGCAGUUUAUAAAUGUUUACUAUUAUUGUGCGAUUUUUUGCGAAUUAAUAUAAUGCAUUUCUUAAAGGUAAUAUUGAACGAUUUAAACACAUAGUAACAUUUUAUUUUACGUUACUAAUUUUUGAAAGUGCCAAUAUAAAAUACAUUAAAUACAUCAUUAUAUUAAAUAUAAACAGGAUAAUGUUAGUUAAAUGUUUUUAGUUUAUGGGAAUAUACAUACAUUUUAUAUACAUAUAAAAUAUAAGCAUGAUAAUGUUAGUUAAUGUUUCUAGUUUAUGGGAAUAUACAGGUGUAUGAAUUUAGAAGUAGGCCUAUGCAUACCAAGUGUAAAUAAGAAUUAUAAGCUAUUGUACAUUAAAAAUGUACUCCAACUCACUUUGUGUAAUAUAUUAGCCCCUGAACAUUGUAAUACACUUUGUAACUAUUGAUUUGUAUUUGAGCUUUUAGGAUCUAGUUUA